CAAUCCCUCACUGCUGUCAUGACAUACUUUGCUUCGCUAUUAAACCGGUAGUGUCCUCAGAUGCCAAGUUAGGCAUCCCCGUCUGCUUCUCUGCUAAGAAAUUUAACUCCUCUCUACUUAUUGGGAAGCUGCAUCACAGUCUCUUAUAACCUCAUAUUGAAGAGUAGCCAACUGAUUGCACAGUUGCUGAUUUUGUGAGUGAGAGACAGAGAGAGAGGGAGAGAUGUCAGCUGAUUGGGGACCGGUUAUCGUGGCGGUGGUUUUGUUUAUACUGUUGUCACCAGGAUUGCUGAUCCAGAUACCGGGGAAAAUGAGAGUGGCAGAGUUCGGGAACAUGGCGACAAGCGGUAUCUCCAUUCUGGUUCACGCCGUCUUGUACUUUUGCAUACUCACCAUCCUGACCAUAGCAAUUGGCAUUCAUGUCCAUGUUAAUUGAUCGAUCCUCGCUAUGUGGCGGCAGACCUGAAAGCUGGCUUCUCCGGAGUGCUGCCUUCAAACAUGGAUAUCUUUUAGUGUUGUUUCACUGUCUCUUCUUAUUUCUUCAUACGAAUUUCCCUCUACCGUUUUCUUCUAGGCAAUACUCAGCUAGGUCAUACUCAUAAUCCAUUGGAUGAGGCGGUCUUUUUUGUCUCUUGAUUGUCACGAAACCCUUGAUUUCAUAAGGGUUCGUGCAAGAUGAACUUUGUAUUGCUAAUCAAUUUGACAUGCUUCUUGCGUUUCCAUUCUGAUGCA